CCUGCUGCCCCUCCUCGUUCCCCAGUGUGAAGCUCCGACCCCACUUUCACAUACUCUCCUUUUACUCCCUAACUUUGGUUCGUUUCCGUGCAUCCAAAUAAAAGCCGAUCAAACCUAUCGAUGAUCCAGCGGAGUCCCAUCUGGGACGGCGGGGAAAAAUGUCUCUGAGGUCGGGCUCUGGGAUUUCUUCUGACAGCUGAGCUCCUUCGGCAAUGCAACAGUCCCUUCUCUGAUGAGACGAUGAGAACUCACACCCGUGGGGCCCCCACAGUCUUCUUCAUAAGUCUGCUGUGGCCCCUGCUCGCUCCAGUGCCCGCAGCCGAAGUGGACCCCACUGGGGGCAUUCCUUUCAUGGGAGGCAACUAUGAUGGUCAUCCCAUGCUAUACUUCGGCCGCGGGGAUGUGGAGGAGCUGCAGUACACCGCGGCAGGGUCUCAUCGGGAGAUGGCCAGGAGGAUCCGGGAGGCUGGAGAAGCUAUGCUGGAGCACCCUGAGGAGUACCUGCCCCCCUGGAGCCCUGCUGAGUUUAGUGCCCGCUGGAACGAGAUCUAUGGAAACAAUCUGGGUGUGCUGUCUAUGUUCUGCCUGCUGUACCCGCACAGGGCCGGGGCCCUCGACCUGGCCAAGGACUACAUGGAGAGGAUGGCGGCUCAGCCUAGUUGGUUGGUCAAAGACGCCCCCUGGGAUGAAGUUCCUUUGGCGCACUCGUUGGUUGGAUUUGCCACGGCCUACGACUUCCUGUAUGAGUACUUGAACAAAGGCCAACAGGAGCGUUUCCUGCAGGUGAUAGGCAACGUAUCACGCUUGAUGUAUGAGAAGUCCUAUGUCAGAGGCUGGGGGUUCCAGUACCUGCACAACCAUCAGCCCACCAACUGUGUGGCUCUGCUCACAGGAAGUCUGGUCUACAUGACCCAAGGUUACCUUCAGGAGGCCUAUCUCUGGACCAAGCAGGUUCUGUCCAUCAUGGAGAAGUCUAUGAUCCUUCUGCAGGAUGUGACAGACGGCUCGCUGUAUGAAGGAGUGGCUUAUGGGACCUACACCACCCGCUCCUUGUUCCAGUACAUGUUCCUGGUGCAGCGUCACUUUGCCAUUGGCCACUUCAGCCAUCCCUGGCUGCUGAAACACUUUGCCUUCCUGUACAGGACAGUCCUGCCAGGAUUUCAGCGGACCGUGGCCAUUGCAGAUUCCAACUACAACUGGUUUUACGGGCCAGAGAGCCAGCUGGUCUUCUUGGAUCGUUAUGUGUUGCGUAACGGCAGUGGGAAUUGGCUCGCAGAUCUUAUUCAUCAAAACAGGAUUACGGAAGGCCCAGGCCAGGCUGGAAAGGGCCAGCGAUGGUGCACGCUGCACACAGAGUUCAUUUGGUAUGACCCUGGCCUGAUCCCCAAACCCCCCGCAGAUUUCGGAAAGUCUGAGCUCCACUACUUUGAGGACUGGGGUGUUGUGACGUAUGGCAGCGCUUUGCCUUCUGGUACCAACAGCUCCUUUCUUUCCUUCAAGUCUGGGAAACUAGGCGGACGCGCCAUCUUUGACAUUGUUCACAACAACAAGUAUAUAGAGUGGAUCAAAGGCUGGAGGAACUUUAAUGCUGGUCACGAGCACCCUGAUCAGAACUCUUUCACCUUUGCACCCAAUGGUGUCCCGUUCAUCACAGAGGCACUGUAUGGACCCAAGUACACUUUGUUAAACAAUGUGGUGCUGUUUGGCUCAACCCUCUCAGGGAGCUGCUUUAAACCUUGGGCUGGACAAGUAACAGAAGCCUGUGACUCUAAGUGGUUAAAGUACAAGAUGGGCCUUGCAGCCGAUGCCCAGGGCAGAGUAGAAGUUGCUAUAAAGAGAGGAGAGAUGGUCUUCAUCCGAGGCGAGGGGCAUUCAGCUUAUAAUCCAGAACUGAAGAUCAGGAACUUCCAGAGAAACCUGCUCCUUCUUCACCCACAGCUCCUGCUCAUGGUUGACCACAUCCACCUGGAGUCAGGGAGCCCAACCAGAGCCAUGAGUGCCUUUUUUCACAACACAGAGCUACCAUUUCAGAGUACGAAGGUAGAUGGUGUUCAUGGAGCAUUUGUAACACAUGGGAAGGAGAAAUAUAAGAUGUUCUGGAUGGAUGAAACAAACUCCAGUAACAAAGGGAUGGUGGGUUACUGGAGUUACCCUCGCGGGUACCCCUAUAACGGCUCUAACUAUGUGAAUGUUACAAUGCCCCUUAGGUACCCGCACACAAGGGUGGCCUAUAUUUUCUUUGGACCUGGUCUGGAUGUACAGAGCUUCAGCUUACGUGGAGAUGAUCAGCGGGUGGAUAUUUACCUCUCUACCAAAGACCACACCUACACCAUCUACCUUCUGACAGGAAAGGUCAGCAGCAAGCCUCUGUUUGCCAUGGUACUGCUGGACCACAAAAAGAUUGUGUUCGAGAGAGCAGCAGCUGUUGUGGACAGUUCUCCUGUGGAAGUCGAAGAAUACGUCAAUGUGAUGGAGGAUAAUCUCCAGCAUGUUAAACCUGUCUUUCAGCAGAUGGAGAGACACAUCCUAGGACGGGUUCUUAACACUGCCAGCUUCCGUAAGACUGCUGAGCGCCUCCUCCAGUUCUCUGACAAGAAGAAGACAGAUGAGGUCAUCAAGAAGAUGUUCACUAUGUCCAAGAAACAGAACAAAGGGGAAAAGAAGGUAAACCUUGGAGAGAAGCUGUCUGAGAGUCUGCCUGAUAUUUUUGCACAGAUUGAAAUUAGCGAAAAGAAUGAGAGACAGAGGACAUCAAGGCGUACCUAUGAGGAGAAUCCAGAGGAAGGGGACGCUGAUUCAAGGGCCUUCAUGGAUUAUUCAGAUGGUCACAGAAAUAGGAAGGGGGGCUUUGUUAAGGGCCGCAGAUUCAAAGAGGUUCACAUGGUGCCCACUGCAAAGAAUGAGGGAGUCUCUGCUACUGCCUCCUACAUUAGACUGUUCCUGCUCCUGAACACCGCCACCUUCUUCUUACUGCUGGCCGUUCUUCUUACUCGCUUUCAGACAGGGCGGAGCCUGCACACGCAGAGGUGCUUCUAUACCAUCGUCUUGAUUGACUGCUUCAUCCUGCUGUUCCUCUUCUCCUCCUGCUCCAACACGCAGUGCUGACAACCUGAACAACUCUAUAAGACAGGAUGUCCUGUCUGUUCAGGGUGAACUGAAAACAUUUCACACUUAAGUCCAAGCCAGACCUAAUGGCAGACCAUUAAGGCCACUGUUUAAAAAAACUUAUUGCGAUUUGAUAGAGUUCAUUAGUAAACGUCUUGGAAUUAAAAUGAAAGAAAUUACUAAAUGUAUGUGGACAAUACAUGCUUAAUGAGCCCUACUUUUGGUUCACAUUACCAUGAAUUUAAUAUCAUUUUCUUUCUUGACUGAGCCUCUGAAAAUCAUUCCUUAUGUUAGGAACUUCUCAUAAUUCUUGUUGGGUUAAAACUAGGAAGCUUUUGCCAUUCGUUGCUUGUUUAUUAAGUGAUUAAGCAUGUUUAUCUCAUCACAUUUGGGCAUCAGUACCUGACCUGACGCCACCCACAGAUGUUUGGGGGGAAGUCAUCAGAAAUGAUAACUGAGAGCAGUAGCUUGAACUGGCACCCUACCCAUGGAUUUAAAAGCGCUCUGUGGUAAAUCACCCUGUCAGCCUUUAAUUCACCAGAGUAGCGAAGGGCUGCUUGUGUUUAAACUUCAAUUAAAUUUCAAAACAACUACAAUUUAGCUAAAUUCAGGUAGAUGUAAUUUCUGCUUUGGUUCUAACCUGAUACUGAUGUUGUCGAAGUAUGGCACCAGAAUACAUCGUACCUUUUGUUAGUGAGUCCUGCAGUGAUUGUGUAAAACAUAACGACGGUAAAUGGAAGCAGCUGAAAGUCACAUUUUUUCUGCCAACGUUAAUAAUUAUUUCCUUUUCUUACAUUUUUGGGUCCUGUCUGAGAAUUCUAUAGAUCCCCGUAAGAUCUCCAUGUAUGUUAUUUUUCAUUUCAUUAAUUUAAUUAAAGGGACAAUGCACGUUAAUUGACAUGAGUAUUAGAGAUUUAGCCAAAGGGACUAAUUUCAAUAUGCAGCUCUUGGCAGGUUGAUGGACCAAGAUUAAAACAUUAAAUCAUAUGAUUGUUAAAUCACACAAAAGAAAAUUAAAAUGAUCAAUGUGCAACAGACACUAAUCUACACAUGAUCAUAGACAUGAUCUGUUACCAGGCACUGUAGAGAACUGCCUUUAAGGUGUACUUCGGUUAUGUCGGUCAGAUUUUCUAAGUAUGAACUGCUCUAUUAAAGAAAACUGACUACCUAAAUGAACAUUUUCUGGGCCCUCUGACUGGAGCUCUUGUUUCUGCUUUACUGUAUUUUUGUACAUUCACUCUAGUUAGUUACCUCUAUCUGUGUUCUCAUUGUAACUAUGACUUGACCAAGAAGGAGUUUUUUCCCCCAAUUUUCACUAUUAGUGGUUUACAUUUCAUAUUAAUCUGAUUUGUAGUUUCCUGACACUUCCUUUGACCUUGUUUGACAGACAUUUACUAUUCAAAAUAGUUUUUUUUUCUUUUGGCAUUUUGCUCCAAAUGUUUUUAUGUGAAAAAAUCCCUGUUUAGCUUCUGUGACCCUGAUACCAGAGUCUAAACUGUGUAUGACUCUAUUCCUUAAAUCCCAGAGUAUUUGUGUAACAGUGUCACUACUUCUGUCAGGAUCUGCCAUAUGAGUGUUUGUUCAGGAACUAGAACUGAUUCCAUGUAGGAAUUGAUGAAUAGCUGAGAUGAAACUAGACCAGCUUAGACAAACGAAGCUUCUGUGGAGCUUUAGAGCCACGUCUGUGUUCCCA